AGUACCACAGUGAUUAUACACAUUCACCUAAUACGUGUAAGUCUUGUCGUGUUUUUGUUCUCCGACCUGUAGAUAUUAGUGAACGGCCGCGUGACAAAAACUACUUUGUUCAGAUUGUACAAUACUUGCAAGCUUUAUGGCAUGAAAAUGUAUUCCUGUUAUUAAAUAUCGUGUGAGCGUCUUGGACGCCAUUGCUUACAAUGUUUAUUGGCUAUGUUGUGCGUAACCCACUCGGAUUGUUAGAGUUUUAACACUUCCAUUCUACCUCGAGAUUGCUUCGAGGAUGUUGUGGACUUGCGCAGUUUGAUACAUUUCGCAAUGGAGAAAAGGAAAAUAGAACCUUUGACAUUGAAAGCUAGCUUCGCACCAUGAGUGCUAGACAGAGCUUACCAUCUGCACCACCACCGAACAGAAAGCCGAUAGCGAACCGAAACCCGGCCCCUCCAACAGCAACGAUCAGCCCAGGACCCAGCGAACCGCUGGAAGUGGCCGAGAAUAUUAAACGACAAACCCCUCAGCCAGGUGUGAAGAAAACUCAUCAGGAACCACACACUCCGUCGAAAUAUGCCCCAGAUCAAGGCAUGCCCGUGAGGACCGCUCAUAAAUACGUUACCAUAACUCCGAGAAACGCUUACGAGGAACACGACCGCAUUGAAACGCCACACACUUUGCUGAACCCGCUAAGUGACGUCCCUGUUCAAGGAUCGGCGGUCAGUAAGGAAACGAGAACAAUCAAAGACGAGAUUGUCUUGGCUGGAGGGGAGGGACGGACUUUCCCGAGUUACAACAAACGGCGAAAUAUGCCGUUUCCCUACUCGUCGAGGACAGAUCCCUUGUGUCAUUGUCAUCAUGACAACCGGAAGUUGGCAAAUGGGUGGAGCACCGUUACGGCUAACGGGUCGAUGGAUGCUCACAAAUAUGACAAGAGUGGGUCAGACGAAUAUUCCAGAUUUGAGACAUUUAUGUGGCUGAAUCGCCAUAACAAAGUGCCUGGGUGGAACCACGCCGUGGCGGAGAGGGACAGGUAUUACGUGGAGACGCCGUGGAGUGACAGACGUUACCCGGGACAGGAGCCGCAUUUGUCCGACACGGACAUAUGGACGCACAGAAACUUCGGCAAAGAUCGGGACUGGCUGGACACGCCUUAUUACGACGGGCGAUACUAUGUGUACGAUCGACGAUACCUCGACUAUGAGGUAGGCCCUGAAACGCGCGAGGGAUUCAAACGAUACUAUAAAUCGUAUCAGUCAGACCCGGGGGCGGUGAAUACUGCCCGCUGGCUCAGGCGACACUAUGAGACGGCUCCAGAUUACACGGAUUACGAGAUGUGGAAAGCCGGACAGAGAGCUCGGAGAAGAAACCUUGCCAAGAUACAGAAGGAACGUCAGCGACACUGGGCACGACGCCGUGGUAACGUGUUCCGUGCACCGUCUCCCUACGACGAGCGAGACGACCUCGACACCGUCAUCCAGCCACGGGUACACGUGAUGCCGCACGAGGAGUACAGAGAACCGAGAAGGUCGGACAGUAUGGUCACAGUAGAUGGGUCUGCGGUGCUCAAACCGAGGAGGAAACUGCUCAAAGACGAAUGGGAGUUGGAGCUGCAUAGGAUGAGGCACAAGAAGGAAGCUAAGCGGUACAGGAAAAACGCUAAGCUGUACAGGGAGAAGGAGCUGGUGCCCGAAUGGAUCGACGCCAUCGGAACCCCUCCUUUUCGAGACUUCGAGCACAAGUCCAAGUUAGUCACGGAACACAAGUACGAGCCGAACGAACCUCUGUACGAGCAGCAGACGUAUUCCCGCGAGUCCGAGGUAUCGUCUGUUCCACACCCAGCGCAGACGCCAAGAGUUCUGUCGAGGGUGGGGGAAUACAACACAUAUGUGGGGAACUACGAUACGUUCCAUAAAUUCGACCACUACUACAAUCGAAGGAAGGACGGGGCACCUCUCAACAAAUAUGGUCAGAAUUAUAAAAGUCGGAACAUGGGGCUCUGGCACUGGAACUGAUGGCGAAACCACUCGAUUUGUCGUCUGCUUGUUUGUCCAGACUUCUACUGCACGAGGCAGGCCAUCAUUUCUUGGAAAUGGCGACAGUAUUAAAAACAACAGAGAAACUAGGUGUCAUGUCCGUUGAUAUAAGAUGAACGGUUGUUAGAGAACAUGACCACCACCCCAUCUCACUCCCACCCCAACCGUGUCAUGUGGGCUUCCCGAGGCGCACACAUACCUUUCAUUGGUGUUAAGAACAACAACUAGUUUUAUAACUUAAAACAUGUACAACUAGUAAUGGAACAGACGUCACGGCCAUUUCGUGCGUCUUUAUUUGUUGAUUGUGCACAGCAGUACCCAGGGUGUCGAGAAGUUCAGUACAGUCUGCACAGUUGUUGGAUAACUCGUGUCCACCUAGCCAUUGAGACAAUGUUUUGUGAUGAUUUCCUACAUAUGUACAUAUGAUAAAAAUUAACUGUCACUUUCAGUUUGACAUAACCUACUGUAUAGUCUACAUACACACAUGCACACACACACACACACACACACACACACACACACACACGUACGUACGCACGCACACAAAUUAUACUGACCGGUUACGACGAUUACUAUUGUUAUUUUUAUAUAUAUGAAAUAUAUCAAAUUCAUAUUAUCACGUAGAAUAAACGAACGAACUGAUGAAUCAGGAAUUGAAUGCAUACCCAAUUGAAUGAAUGAAUGAACGAAUGAACAAAAGAGCGAACAAGCUUAAAAUGUGAUAGUUUGUUCCUUUACUUGUUUCACUAUUUUGUUCAGCUGUAGACAAUAAAAUCUGAUAUAGUA